AUGUUUGAGACCACCGCAUUGGAUUCUGUUCUGGAGGCGCGCUAUAUAUGUGCUACGUUACACCUUCCGCAGUUGGAUGAUUCCUUCCUGACUUCAUUGCAAGAGAUGUCCACAAUCCCGAGAGAAAAUAUAUGCUCGAACUGUUUGAAACAAGCUGAUGUGCAUCUUAUAUGUGUUGAAUGUGAUUGCGUACAGCUAUGUGUUGCCUGCUACUGUUACGGUGCUGAGUCUGGAAUACACAAGAAAAAUCAUGGUUAUCGAGUUUCGAGACUAAAUUUGCUGCCACACUCUAUUCUCGAGGGUUGGAGUUCUGAGGAGGAAUUGAAUCUUCUUGAAGCAUUGGAGCAGUAUGGAAUUGGAAAUUGGGAGGAUAUAGCUUUGAAAGUGGGAACUAAAAGCUCUGAAGAAUGCAUGUAUCAUUACUGUAAUCGCUAUUUGGGUGGAGUAUUUGGCCUGGAGUUGUUGAAUGAUAAUAAAUAUCCUUCUCGAAUUACAGAUCACACAAACCGCGUAGUGUUAUCUCCUAUGCAACCACCACACUCAUCAUAUAUUGAUAUUGAAGAUCAACAGCUGUUGGGUUACAUGCCAAACCGUGGUGACUUUGAACGAGAUUAUGACAACGAUGCUGAGAGCAUACUAUGUAGAUUACAUCCCAGUUUUUCUCAUGAUGACCUAGAGGACGCUUUAAAAGUAGCACAAGUCAAUAUUUACAUGCAAAGGUUGCGUGAGCGUCAAAGGCGCAAAGAAAUUGCUUUAGAAAAACACAUUGGAAAGGAAUAUAAACCUGCCAGAAGUAAACAUCGUGGACGUCCACCAUCAUUGACAAAUAUAUCACACAACAAAUUAAAUAGUAAAAUAACACCCAUGAAAAAACUAUCCAGCAUUAAUGAAUCUUUGAGUAAAAGUUCAUCUAAAAAGCCUUCUCCAAGUAGUUGGCUUGCUGCUCCAUUUAUUGUUCAGUCAUCUGAAUUGAUAAAAGGUGCACCAAUUGUAGUCAAUAUCUCAUCGAAUGUUGUAAAUAAUCAAGUGCUAACCGAUUCCAAAAGUAUAAAUCCAACUAAUAUCUACAAAGUUGAAUCAACAAACUCAUUGGAAGAUUUCAAUGGAUUUUAUUUAAAUGAAAAAUUAAAACCAUUUCUAAGAUAUUUCACUGGUAUACAAGGGAAACAUUUUAUGGAGAAUUUGUAUAAAGAAGAAUUAAUUAAACAUGAAAUUAAAUAUUUACUUGAUUUACGAGCUAAAGGAAAAACACAAUUAAUGGGAAAUAGAAUGGAUUUUACUGAAGCAAAUAAAUUUCAUGGUAAUGUACUCAUUGAUUAGUUUUAAAGUGAUUUUUUUGAGUUCCAAUUCUUUGUCCGUUUGAUCUCUUCUUGAACUCCACAAGUUAUUGUAAGCCUUCAAAGUUGAUACCUUUGGCUGACAGUCUAGUAACAAUUAUAUAUAUAUAUAUAUAUCAGCAGUGGAAGACUUGUACUGAACGAGAACUCAGGUGGAGACAACCAAUUUAUUUAGUAGUUGAAUACAUGAGUCGUUUUAAGCUAGACCACCCUAGAAAACCUGGAAGCACUGGACGGUUGUUUCGUCCUAGUAUGGGACUCCUCAGCAGUGCAUAUUCACGAUCCUGCGUGCGGGACCCGAACACAGGACCUUGGGUGUCGCGCGUGAAUUCUUAACCUCUUGGUUACUGAGUCAGAAUCUAAUCGUGUUAAUGUUUAACUUCAAACGAUCCAUGAUAUUGUGCGACCGUCCAUUAUUGUCUUAAGUAACUGCGUCACAACUGACACGAUUUGACUCCACUGGUCACAUAUACUCACUAAGUUGGUCUAGUUUAAAUGGACUUAUGAAUUCAACUAUUAAAUGACUACAUUUUCCACAAACCCUUGUUCUGACAAUAACAAAUUUAUUAUUUAGUGAAAAGUUACCGAGUUCUUUCGUAAAAUGUAAAAACCAUACAUUAAAUACUUCAUUUGCAAAUCUCCCAUCAAGUGUCCUUUACGUCCUUCGUAAUUCUUCCAUUUCUCAGUUGCUUUAUGUAUUCCUUUCUGUUUUCUUCAGUCAAAUCUUCUCAACCUUCUUUUGAUAAGCUUUCAACUUCUGAUUGGUGUUACAUACUACUUAUGUCUGUCCACAUAAGUACCAUACAACGCAAAUUGACUACUGACAUUUUUCAACAUACAUGUCAAGUUUUAGUCUUUUAAUUGUUAUAUUAUCUGAAAUUUUUUACAGAUAAGGAGUAUGCUGCUUGUCGAUAGUAUUGAAUGCAUUGAUAUUUUUUUCGAAAGAAAGUCACAUGCAGUCUAAAUGAUUAUAUUUUUUGCUCCUAUGGGAUGUUGAUUCAGUGAAGCCUGUAGAUAGCCACCAUCCCGUCAUUUCUUUGUAUUUGUUUUUGCAGUUCUGAGCAUAUAUAAAAUUGAAUAUGAUAUGUUUUAUCUGGAGCAAUACUGCUUCUGUUACUAUAAAUAUGAUGCUCUUAACUUUUGAUUAAUUUUGCUUAUCUUUGUAUAUGGUUCAUUUAUAGUUUAUCCACAUCGGUGGUUGUAUAAUGUUAGCUACUAUAUUUUCGUUUUUUGAAAAACUUCUAAUACUAACAAGAACUCAUUUAAUACUCUUCUCAUUUAGUUUUCAAAAGACUUACUAUUCUGUGAUAGAUCUUCAUAAAUCCUAAUCUGUAUUAAAAAUUUUGGAGUAUUUGAACUUACUUGGUUGGUUAAAAGUGACUGUAAAUAUGACAUGUACUUUUUAAUAUUGUGAUGCGGCGUAACUUCAUAACACUAGGAAAAAAUUAUGCUUUGUAAUUAUCUUUAAUAAUGAGCUGACGGAAAUAAUUGAAUAGUUCAUCUAUCUGGUUGAUUAUGUAAGUUAGUUAGUUGAAUUCACAAUUCCUCAAUAUGAUCAAUUUUAUUCUAUCUGUCUAAAAUUUUGUUUAUUGAUACCGUAGAUAAUAGACAAUUUUCUCACUGACCACUUAUGUCUGUAAUACCCAUUAUAAUAAAGUCCAAUGCAUUCCGACAUAAUCAAGAUCGUAACCUAAUAAUCAUAUAUCCAUUUUUGAUGUUCGAACACGUUUCACGUAUAGUAUCUUAGAAGCUUUCAAAUUAAACAUGACUUCCUUGAUAUUGAGAAUACAUGGAAUAUACUUUAAAGAUAAUUCAUUUAUGGAAUAAUACUAUAAAUCGAAUGAUAUUUAUAUUGAAUUUAACACAGAAUCAAAUAUGGUGGAAACGAUUCAUCAUUGAUAAUCUUACUAUAGUUUUCUAUAAUGGUUACUCUAUAGGUGAAAUGAAAUCAAUAAAAGCUGAAUAAACGUGACCAAUUAUUUUUGUUUAUUUAUACAAAUAGUCAUUAAUUAAUUAAUUAUUAAAUAAAGUCAAUGUACAAAUAGUUACCUACAUUGUUGUAAUUCAUAAAAUAAAAUUCAUAGUUUUAAUCAAAAGUUAUAAAUUUUUUUGUGUUAUUAUAUUUAUUAGGUCAUUAACUAAUGCUAAUUCAUCUCUCUGCUUUUUUAUGCAAUAUUAUAAACUAUAUUAUUUUUUAUACAAGUGUAGUAUGCCUGAACACCGAUUACCACGACGCGCAAUGCUAACUAGUGUUGGAGAUGGUUGGAAGAGAGUUAGGGGUGGCCAAACAAAAACGUGGCAUCAGUGCUUGAAGUCACUAACCUCUGGUCUGAGAUUACUUGGUUGGGGUCCGCGUGACUAUCGUAACCAAUGGUUGGAAACUCUUGGUGAUAUGGCCCAGAAUCUAUCACUCUUUGUCUUCCUUUAAACUACGAGAUUAAAAUCGCUUCAUAUCUUUCUUUCUACGAACUAAUUCUUUCUUCCUGUACUAUAUCCUUAUAUGCAAUCUUUAUUUAAUAUAUUACCAUCACUGAAUUAACUACUUCUGUGAAUUCGGUGUUCAUCUUGUUGUGCUAAUGAGAUAUGACAACUUGGACCGAUGCAUAUAUGUGCCUGGUUCUACGUUGUAGCUGACUGACUGAGUAGUGACUUAGUGGUUAAUUUGUUUGAUAUUCAGACUCUAGGUCUUAGGUUCGAACCCCGUCUCAUCUACUUUAAUUUGGACAACUAGUUAGUGCUUUCGCUAACACUCAUAUUUGCUGUGUGAAUCGAAGCUAAAUACGCGAAUUAUUACCCAGUAAUAGUUUAAAAGUAGUGAUAAUUGUACUUUUAGUUAACACUUCAUUAAUUUGAUUAGUUAGUCAGUUUUAUCUCUUCAUUUAACUUUGUUUUAAAUGUAAAAUAACGUAUAAAGGUAUAAAAAUCAAAUUCCCACCAUUGAAAAGUUCCAUAUAUCAUCAACACCAUAUACAACGACAACAAAAUAUCUCUGGUCAAAGUACCGAGCAACAAACACGUCAGUUACAUCACAACGUGAAGAAGAGACGUAAACAUCUAAAUACACCUUGGUAUAUGAAAAUGCAGCGUAAAGUUAAACAAUGUAAAUAAACGUUUUAUAAAAUGAGGAUGAUAAUCAUUCUCUCUCUCUCAUACAACUUUUUGUUUUGCUUUUAUUGAUUAACUAUAACUAACUUUAUGUAUAUUUAUUAUGUAGAACCCAGAAGAGAUUCAAUUUUUAUCUCAAUUCUAUGUCUAGUUGUAUACAAGAUUCAAUUUAUCUUUCUUCUUGCAUUUACUACUACAAUAUUAUAAUUCUGAUUAUCAUUAUUUUCUAUUUUGGGUUAUUUAAAGGCUAAAAUAAGAAAGAAAAUGUAUUUUAUUCUUAUUGUACUGUUAUUAUUACUAUUAUUCCUAUCAAAAUAUGUAUUGUUUAUCUUUUGCAAUAAAACUUACUUACC